UACAUACAUCGCGCAAUCACAUCCUCCUGUGUGCAUACAUUAGUCCUGUUUUCAGGAGGGUGGUUCUGCGAAACACAAUCUCUAAUAUUUCGCUAAAGCUGCGCUGAAAUUGAUCUGCUUACGUCUUAAUUGUAGAUUUGCUUCAUAUCUUAAGCAGCUGAUCAGCAAGAGUAUUUAAGGAAAGGACAACAGAAAGGCACCAUCAAUGGCAGGUCGAGGAGGCGCACAGAGGCCUAAUGGGGCAACACAGGGGAAGAUAUGUCAGUUCAAACUGGUUCUUUUGGGGGAGAGUGCUGUGGGAAAAUCCAGUUUGGUUUUGCGUUUUGUCAAGGGACAGUUUCAUGAGUAUCAGGAAAGCACAAUCGGAGCUGCAUUUUUGACACAAACGGUAUGUCUGGAUGACACAACAGUGAAGUUUGAAAUCUGGGAUACAGCAGGCCAGGAGAGAUAUCAUAGCCUUGCUCCAAUGUAUUACAGAGGUGCACAAGCUGCAAUUGUUGUGUAUGAUAUCACAAGUCAGGACACAUUUGGACGAGCUAAGACGUGGGUAAAAGAAUUGCAGAGACAAGCCAGUCCUAACAUUGUCAUAGCACUGGCCGGCAAUAAAGCUGAUCUAGCCAAUAAGCGUAUGGUUGAGUAUGAGGAGGCACAAGCAUAUGCAGAAGAGAACAGCCUGCUGUUUAUGGAAACAUCAGCAAAGACAGCUAUGAAUGUCAAUGAUAUUUUUUUGGCUAUAGCUAAGAAGUUGCCAAAGAGUGAUGCAGGCAAUGCAAAUCAGCAGAGACAGCAGGGUGUGCGACUGAAUAAUGAACAGACCCAGCCGUCAGAAAGUGGUUGCUGCAAGUAGUCUUGCUUCCUGUCCCAGCAACUAACUUCAGGCCCAUUUAGGGUGCAUGGGGGUUGACAUACUAGUAACCCCUUGUCAUCUCAUUGUGCGCGUAUAGGAUCAUAGACAUGAUCCAGAGACUGGUCAUUUUUCUGUGCCAGCACAGUGCAGCUUGAUGCCUGGGAAUUGCUGCAUCAAGUUUCACCCAUUAUUCUUAUGAGAGCAAGGAUCAGAUUAAACUUCUAAAAAAAAUCCUUUUGUCAUUUGUCUUUCACUAAUCCAUUGCAGGAGGAUCCUUACAGACCAAAAGUAGGGGAAAAUACAAGCAUCAAAUCAAGGCAUCAAGAUAAGAAGGAACAAAAACUUGAUUCACUUUUAGGUCUAGUUUAUACAUUUCUUUGUGGGCAGGUUUUAUGCUAAUGCUUCUGUGUAGUAAUAUGUCAUAUUGUUGAAGAGACCAAUUUUAUUUUUUUUCCUGGGAGGGAUUGGAGUCAUUUUCAGCAGGCAAGCUUUAUAUAAUAUAUCAUGCUUAUGAUAAUUGUCAGGGUGGGGUGAAGGAUAAGGCAUCACUUUUAUUUGAUGCAUCUGAUAACAACUCUGCCUAAGUAAGCUGGGAUAUGAGAGUGGUCUGUGAGAUGCUUCACAGGUGGUGUAAUGGUGCUCCUGAGGGGAUUUGAGAAUAGUAUUGUGAAGGUUAUGUGAAUUUUUUUUUCCAGAUAGUGCUAUUCUUUUUUCUUUAAGGUGUGUCAGUUCUACAUGUUCAGCUCACGGGGGCCACUGGUUGCAGAUUUGUGUUAAGCUUAACACUGUAGAUAGAACUCAGUUUGUGAUAUAUUUAUGACACAGACUGUUAAAAAUCACUAACAUUUAGAAGCUUUUAAUAUUAACAGCUGUUUUCAGAUUAAAAAAUAAAUAAAACAUGUGCUUCACCACAUAAGAAAAGACUUUGAAAAAAAAGGUAUUUUAGAGAUGGAUUUUUAGCGUUGGCAUAGAUGCCUAACAUUUUGCAAAACAACCUGGUUGAAAAUUCAUUCUGUUUUGAGAGAGCAGAAAGCACUCAUUCCAUUGCUGGUGUAUUUUGGGCAACUCCCCUCAUUUUUCCCCCCUAAGUUUAAAGCUGUCUUCAUUCUCUAUGCCUUGUGUGUUAUGUACAAUAUUCAUAGGUUGUUUUGUUGAAGAUUUUGGUAUAAAUCUCUUUUGUAGGCAGUAAUAAAUAAAAUAAGCAUUGCCAGGGAUUAUUUAUGCUCUGAUAGAUGAUGCUAUGGUUUGGCAACCAGUGGUAAGACUGAUAUCUGCAGAGUCCUGUGGUUAAGAGAUGCUUGUAAAUUUUUCAUCUAAAUAUAGCUCACUGGCCCAUGCACUGGUGUACUUCCGUUGUUUAUAAACUGUUGUGAUAUGGUAGUGAUUUGAAAGAUUAUGCUAUGCUCAUACGUUGUAUAUACCACUCAUAAUUAUGUCUGUCAUUUUAUACCUGACAUAAGAAGGCUGUAUGAAAAGAUGCUCAUUGCUAGAAAGAUGACGUAUAAGGACUGCCCAUCCUGAUAUGCUUAUGGUCCAGUGUUCUAGAGUUCUGAUCUGUGGCACAUCAGAAUUCUGUUGUUUGGGUCCUUCCAUGAUGUUUAGAUUUUAUAUUUUGUUUGUUACAGGAAUUAUUUAAAAUGCAUUCAUUGUAGUCUUUUGAUGGGAAAUUAAGUUCUGCAUGUUUCUUUAUAAUAGCCUGGGAGAACUAGACUUUAUAGUGGUUUAAUUCUUUUCAUUCCAACAUUACUUUCAAAAAUAUUGGCAGUUCACUAGAAUAAACGAAAACAAUAUUUAAAGCUCUUAUCACCUGUCACUAGGAAUCACUUUUAGGAAACAGCUGCCAGGAAAUUAAUUUUGUGAUCCAUUUGUUGCUUUCACUUAGUAGUCUGUGCACAUCUAAAAUACCUUUUUGUGUGGGUUUCAUUGCUAAAAAGUUUGGUAAAUGCAUUUUUACCUUUUUUAAUAAACCGACCAAUGUCUCGAGCAUAAUUGCUCUGGUCUGUUGUCAGGCUUCUAGACUUGGAUUCCCCAUCAUUGGCAAUCUUGUUUCUUUGAAAUUAAAGUAAAUAGAAGAAAUAUAUUACAGUUACACGUAUCAGGAGUUAUUAAUAACACCUGGAGCUGAAAUAGUAAGCACUGUCUUGAAAAUUUUAGAACAGUUGGUUUUAAUAUCGUACUCAUCCCUUGUGAUAUCCCCUUUUUUGGUAUGCCAUCGUUUGACUGGAGUGUAAAAUGUUUGGGCACUGAGAGCUCAUAUUGUAAAGUUACUGUUUCAACAUGGAAACUUAUUUUGCACAUUUAUAGGGGUUGAAGAGAAUGGCAUGCCCAGCAUUGAUUUUUGUCUCAUUUGUAUUUGAUUUUUUUUUUUAAACUAUUGAAUGUAGGGCCCUAAAACAUCAUAUUUUAUCAGUCAAAGGUUAGGCUAUAUGGGUUGUACACCAAUACCUCAUUGUCUGUUUCUAAUUUCUUUUUAUAAGUUUUAAUUCCACUAUAAUAAUGGAAAAUUCCAAACCUGUCCAGAAUCUGUUCAGUCUUCUCGGAAGGAUCACUAAGUAAUUUGAUGAACAAAAUUUAAAUGAAAUAAAAAACAUGAUUAAAAUUCAUUCUUUGUGGAAGAAGGGAAGAAACUACAUUGUUUUCAAAUGAUGCCUAACUGAUUUACAAUUAGCUUGUGUUUGGAAUCAUUGUAGUUGCACUUAUUCUUUUUAAUUGAGGAGGAGUGGGGAGUAAGGGGAGGGGUGUCUUGUUACCUUAUUGCUAGCAAUCAUUGCUAUAAUUUUUAAGUGUAACAAUAGCUUGUGAAACUAGUUUUUCUGGCCGUCUGCUCUUUCUCUGGUGCCUUUGUUUCUGUAAGUAGACCCCCAUGCUUUAAAUCAUUGCUAAAAAGGAUGGUACACUUAAUGAUGUGCAUCAUUAUUUUCGUUAGAUGACUUGGUCUUGCAUCAGCUGAUCUUUAUCUUUUUUUCACAAAACAGUAAAAUAAUAGGUACGUUUUCAAUCAGGCUUGAUUCACUUUUUAUUUAUUUCGUUGUGGACGCUUUUCCCCAUCACUACGCUUAUUCUUUUUUUGAAUGUUUACUCUUCUGCUCUGUACUCACUUUAAACAGCAUGUUUGGACAGCCACCAUAUUAAAUAGAUGAUGGUAAAACAAGUAUUGGAAGGAAAAACAUUUAAAAAAAGGAGACAAAAGGUAUGCUAAUGAGAACAUACAAACCACAAAGUAAAAUGCAAGUAUGAGCAAAUGGUGUGCCAAAAGCUGGAUCUGCAGUGAUCUUUAAAAUAGAGCCUCUGUCAUCGUUUACUAAGAUUCCUUAAUUUUUCUCGCUUCAUAACCCUCUUGGACCGUUGAUGACCAUGCAGAAAACUGUUCAGUCCAGCUUGAGUUUCUGCUUUCUUAGGCUGGAUGUGCAAAAACCCUGAUAGUGAGGUAUUGGUGUAUUUUGAUGGCAUAUUCUUUCAGUUUUAAUCCAUGUGCUUGCAUGUGUCUGUAAUGGAUGUCUGUUAUUAGCAUGCCAUCUUUUACUAAGUAAGUUAUAGACAUUUCUUAUGAAUUGAAUUGGCUUGGCAAGCAUGGUAAUCUAUAUAGUGUUAAAAUGAAAAACUUCUGAUGAUUGCACUUUCUGGUUUACUGAAACACUAACACUUUUCUUUUUAAAGUCAAAGUAAAUUAGCAAAUGAUAUGUAUUCAGCAUCAGAUUUGCUCUUGGCUAAAAAUAGAGGCAAAUUACUGCACAACACCGGUAAAAAAAAUAUAUAUAUAUAUUUUUCAAAGACAUCUCCAUUUUAUGGAUGAUGGGUGCUGUUCUAAGGCCUUGAGGAUUUUACCAUUCCACACACUCCUUCCAGAUAUCUUGCCCAUAUUAUGGAUACUCUAAUUAGAAAAACUUGGCAGAAGUUAAAAUAACAAAGUUUUAAUGACAGUUAUAAAUGCUUAAUUAGCAGUGAACAAUGAUAACCUUGCCACAAAGGUAGAGUAUUUUCCUCUUUUUUUUCCCUUUCUCACUUUUUGGCAAGCACAGAAAGCCUUUGUAUGUAUAUGGAGGAGGGCAGGGAAAAGGUCCAGCAAAUCUGGGAAAGAUUUCAGAUGGAUUGUCUUGUUAGCAGUAAACAAUGAUAACCUUGCCACAAACACUAUGAAGGUCGAAUAUUUUCCUUUUCUCUCUCCCCUCCCCCCUUUUUUUCUCACAUUUUUUAAAAAUCAUGCACAGAAAGCCUUUGUAUGUAUAUGGAGGAGGGCCGGGAAUAGGUCUCUAUCCAGCAAAUCUGAGAUUUCUGGAUAGAUUGCCUUGCUGUAAACAGCUAGAUUAUGUUGUGGAUUCAUUAUAGUACAGCUUUUUAGUUCCUCUACCAACCCCUAUCAAGCUCCAGAUAUAAAUAUAUAUCGCUUGAAUGAAUGCAGUGUGUAUGCAGAAAUCUACAUGUACGAGUGGUUCUUGCUGGGUAUUAAAACAUUUUGAGGCUUUAGCUCCGCAUAUAUUUGAAUACAUGAAAUAUGUUUCCUCCUUCAGCUGACUUAAUGGGGCUAUAAUUUUGAAAUAUUAUCCGAGUACGCAUGCAGGGACUACAACUUCUGUGUUCAUUGUGUUGGGGUUGGGACACUGCAACAUCAAGCAGUUGCUGUAUGAUUUUACUGAAGACAAGACUUAUUAGCUUUUUAACACAAUUUCUAAACUGGACUAAGAUGAAUUUUUUUUUUUCCAAAGGUGGGGAGGGUUAUAUAAAUUGUAGCAAGUAGUAGAACUUGUAAAAAGUUUUGGUAGGAAUUGAUUUCUUCAACUCAUCUUUGUAUUCAGAAACAUGCAAACAUCUGCCAGCUGAACAUUUAAUGCAUUACACACUUAUUUUACUUGUGGCACACAGGAGUCUUUGAUUGUGUAUACACAUUGAGUUGGAUGUAAAUCAUUAAAUCAUUACACAGAG